CGACAGAGAGCAAAUAGGCAGGACAACACACCACUAAUGCAUCGCAGGCUGGCAUUGAUGCUCCUCGCGAGUGCUCGCGCGCUGCGGCCGAUUGCAUCGCUGCGUGGUGGAGCCAAGACGCUGCGCAGGGCCUCCGCUGCACCCACAAUGUCAGACACGCACCCUGCGGCGUCCUCAACUCCAGAAGGCGUGCGCGAUCGUCUAGGUUUCGCAACGCAACUACGCCGGCGCCGGGACAGCGAACUCACCGGAUGCGACCGACGCAGGCACUUCGACUACUUAGUGAUCGGCGCCGGCAGCGGCGGCAUCGCCUCGGCGCGCCGCGCGGCCACGCAUGGUGCGGAACGCAGCGUCCAAGCGAGCGCACUCACAGAGCUCACGCCAUCCGCUCCGCAGGCGCCAAGGUCGCCGUCUGCGAGAAAGGAGCCCUGGGCGGCACCUGCGUCAACGUGGGCUGCGUGCCCAAGAAGGUCAUGUACAACGCCGCGCACAUCAUGGAGUGCGUGCAUGACGCUCCCCUCUACCAGUACUCGGGUACGGAGUCCGUCAAGUUAGAUUGGAACAAGUUGAAGACCGCGAGAGACAACUACGUCACGAGACUGAACGGUAUUUAUGGGAGGAACAUGGAAGGGAGCGGUGUAGCUAAACUCGAAGGUCUCGCGUCGUUUACCGGCCCGAACGAGGUGGAAGUCGCUGGUACGAAGUACACCGCAGACAACAUAUUGAUUGCGGUCGGCGGCAAGCCCACGAUGCCCGCCGAUCUCGAGGGCGUGGAGCACUGCAUCUCGUCGGACGGCUUCUUCCUGCUCGAAGAGAUGCCGUCUUCGGCGCUCGUCGUGGGCGCCGGGUAUAUCGCCGUCGAGAUGGCGGGCAUACUCCAUGCUCUAGGAUGCGAGACGGAGUUGGCUGUUCGAGGGGAAAAGCCGCUGCGGGCCUUCGACGACCUCAUGAGCGACACGCUCGUGUCGGAGAUGGCGCGCCAAGGGUUAACCCUGAGACCGAAGACGACGAUCGGGAAAGUGGAAGACAUUAAUGGAAAGAAGCGCGUCACGCACACGGACGGCACGGUGCUCGGGGAGUACGACGAGGUCCUCCUAGCCGUAGGACGAGAGCCAUUAACGGGCCCUCUGGCCCUCGACAAGGCCGGCGUCAAGCUCGACGACAAGAACAGAUAUAUUGCGGUGGACGACUUCCAGAACACGUCUGCGGAAGGCGUCUACGCGCUCGGGGACGUCUGCGGCAACGUGGAAUUGACGCCCAUGGCCAUCGCUGCGGGAAGACGCCUCGCGGAUCGCUUAUUUGCUAAUGUAAACGGCAAGGCCGACUACAGCGACGUGCCCACAGUAGUCUUCUCGCACCCGCCCAUCGGCACGGUCGGACUGACCGAGAAGCAAGCGGUAGAAAAGUACGGCGAAGGCAACGUCAAGGUCUGGACGAGUACUUUCGUUAAUUUAUGGUACGGCCCGAUGCCGAUCGACCCGGCCGACAAGCCGCGCACGGCCAUGAAGAUGGUGACCGCGGGCAAGAACGAGCUGAUCGUGGGACUGCACGUCAUCGGCGUCGGUGCUGAUGAAAUGUUGCAAGGAUUCGCGGUGGCCGUGAAGAUGGGGGCCACGAAGGCGGACUUCGACUCGUGUGUGGCCUUGCAUCCCACGGCCGCGGAAGAGUUCGUGACGCUCGCGCCGUGGGGCGAGGGCGCCGGGGACAAGAAGGGUUUAGGAGAGAAGCCCGUACCUCAGAUCUAAGUAGAGUGAUACGUAUA